UAAGUUUCCCGCGGCUUUGUUCAUUCCCUUUGUACGAAUUAAAUAAAUCCCAAUGAGUAAUCCUGACGGAGUAGGCAGAGGUGGUGACAAAUUAAGCUAUGAGAAACUUCAAUUUAUCUUAUUUUAUUAUAAGGGAUAGGACAAGGUUAAUAUGUAGAGACAGGUUUUUAUUUAAUGAACAAUCUUAAAACGCGAUCGGUUUUUGUGUAGCGAUAUCCGAUACAAGCAAGCGCCGAUUCCGCAGUCAGUCGACAGCAUGGCGUCCCGUGGCGCGGUGACUACAAGCGUGAUGCUCUGUGUGUGCCUCGUGUGUGUGGGGCAUGUGCUGCGGCUGCCCGCGCGUCUACUCAACGACGACACAAAGCGUGCGCUCGGCUACCCCCCGGACUCCCUGCUCAACUUCACCGAACGUAGCACGCGCUACGGCUACCCGGCUGAGGAGCACCGCCUCUUCACGCAGGACGGGUACAUCCUGACCAUGUUCCGCAUGGCCGGCGCCAAGGAGGGCGGUGUCGCCCGGGCGCCCCCCGUCAUCCUGAUGCAUGGCCUGUUGCAGAGCGCUGACGCGUGGCUAGACGCUGGCCCGAGUGCCGGGCUCGCCUACCUCAUAGCGGAUGCCGGUUACGACCUCUGGCUGGGCAACGUGCGCGGCAACUACUACUCCCGCGACCACGUCCACAUGCGUCCCGAUACAGACCCCCAAUACUGGAACUUCUCUGUUGAUGAGAUAGGUCUGUACGACGUGCCCGCCACAAUAGACUACGUAUUGAACUACACGAAGGCAGAUAAAGUGAUUUAUUUAGGAUUUUCUCAGGGUGCGGGGGCGUAUUUCAUCAUGUGCUCCGAAAGACCGGAAUAUUGUAACAAAGCAAAAUUACUGAUAACUUUAGCGCCGGCCGCUCGGCAGACUAACACUAAAUCGGUCCCGUACAGGACACUCACUCAAAGUAUGAACAAACUGGAAAGCGUUUUGGCGACCUCUGGCAUCCAGGAGGUGUUUACUAAAGGUGCACUAAGCCAAGAAUUUCUCGCGUUUUUUUGUCCCCUCAGUUGGAUUUCCCAAUUAAUUUGCGCCAAGGGUGAAGCUCUGUUCGACUCGUUCCAUCCGGGCUCGAUCAGCAACGAGACGCUGCGAGUUUUGUUCGGACACUUUCCUGCGGGAACUUCUGUGCACAACUUGGCCCGAUACGGUCAGAGUAUGCAGAGCGAGAGAUUUGAAAAAUUUGACUAUGGUAAGUCGAAAAAUUUGGAGUUGUAUGGAAGUCUUCGACCUCCGGAAUACAACCUGAGUGCAGUGACAGUGCCCGUGACAGUUCUGUACGGGGAGAGCGACCACUUGGUGGACACGGAGGACAUCGCGUGGCUGCUGCGCCGGCUUCCCAAUGUGGUCGAGGCGGUCAAAGUGAGUGAUCCCCUCUGGAACCACUUGGAUGUUACCUACAGUAGUUUGACUAAACAAACAAUUUUUCCUAAAAUUAGUGACUAUUUGUUGCAAUACAGUGAUAACUGACAGCUACGUGAUACUAAAGUUAUUUAAGUACAUAUUUAUGUUUGUUUAAUAUUUGGACUAAAUUGUUAAUA